GGUUAUCCCCCAACAUGGCUGACCCCGGUUUUUUUAAUUUAUGCCGACGUCACAUGCAAACAAAGAAUAUGAUAUUGUUUUCUUGCAUCUUACCUUAAUUGAAGCUUUUAAAUUACAUCAUUCAAAACUUGGAUGUAGUAUGUGUUACCACUUUUAUUUCACUCCUAAGGAAACAUUGAUAACUCAAAUGACACUUCGCAUGGUGGCUCCUAUGUGGGAGUUGAACAAAUGGGAUUUCUGUGGAGCAUGACACAGGUUCCUGGUCAGAGAAAAGGACUGCGACUUUCAAAGAAAGAUGUCACCAAACCUUACUCAAUUCAGCUGAACUGUUUUGAUGGACAUCUGUCACCAGAGGAUGGAUUUGUGAAUAGUUUAGCUAAAAACAGUUUACAGCCAAUUGUGAGCUCAGAAUUGGAGAAAAUGUACAUGGCUGAAGGAGUGAGGAGAAUUCCUGUUAGAGAGGGGAGGGUACGUGGAACUUUGUUCCUACCUCCUGGAAAUGGACCAUUUCCAGGAGUCAUUGAUAUGUUUGGAACAGCUGGGGGCUUGAUAGAAUUCAAAGCCUCCCUUCUGGCAUCACAUGGGUUUGCUGUCCUUGCACUGGCAUACUUUGCAUAUGACGACCUACCAAAGUAUCUUCCUUUCUGUGAGUUGGAAUACUUUGAAGAAGCUGCUGACUGGCUUGUGAAACAUCCUGCUGUUGUACACCAUGGAAUUGGUGUCAUGGGUGUGUCAAAGGGGGGAGAAAUAGCAUUGAUGAUGGCUGCACACAGAGCAGAUAUUGUCAAAGCAAUUGUGCCAAUUUCUACUUGUUUGGUAAUAAAUGCCUCUGCUUUUAAGGUCAGGGAUCAGUUAUCAGGGAUGUAUUUUGAUAGCUCUAAAGCAACUAUGAACUCAGAUGGAGGGUUUAUCUUACGUGACUGAGUCCCAGUUGAUGAUUUCAACCAAUUUGGACCUUCCUUUGUGAUCCCAGUGGAGAAAAUUAACUGUCCAAUGCUGAUCAUUUGUGGCGAAGAUGACCAGAAUGUUCCAGCAUUUGAAAUGUCACAAGAAAUUCAUAAACGGAUGAAUUCCUGCAGCAAGGGUGAUUUGUGUUGUGUGUUGAGUUAUCCAGGCACAGGUCACCUUAUUGAACCUCCACAUGCCCCACACUGUUUCGCAUCUUAUCACAAAAGUUCUAAGGUAAACUUUGUAUGGGGAGGAAAUGCAAGGGACCAUGCAAAAGCUCAGGAAGACUCUUGGCAGAAAAUUAGAGAGUUUUUUAGCAAGAAUCUUGGGCAGAGCCUUGACAGUCAUCUGUAAAAACGUUUUGUGGAAUGAAUUUACUGCAAACAAUUGUAAACAUGCAUGCUUGCCAUCAGUGUUUUGAUGUCACUUUCUCUCAUGAUCACAUUCUGAAAGACUUAUUUGACUUAAAGAUCAAUGUUAUUAAUUAACCUAAGGCUGACAAAUUGUCAAAAAUCUAAAUUUCUAAACUGGCAGAACCUGGCAUCCAGGCCACUAUUUUCUUUGAAUGUUCUACACAAUCCUUGGUAAUUUUGACAUUUGUAAUUCUGUAAAAUUCUACAUCAUAGACUCCCAAUCCAUGAUUGUUGAGCAAAAUCCUCUCAUCUGCAAAUCUAGUCCUUCACUCAUAGCUCCUCAUCAUCAUCAUCAUCUUUAUUUGCCUUAUUUUAACUAUUAAAAAAUAGUUAAUUACAGCGAUAACAGUUGGA